GCGUGGCGUUGAAGAAGACACUCUCUUUCUUCCCGCAGUCAGUAGUGUUGGCGUGCCGGCUCGUUGGUCAGUUCCUCCGAUGAACCGUGACUCGAUGGAUCGAUAGGAAACGCGUUUUGCCGUGAAUCAAACCCAAAAAGGGCUUGCCCUUUAGUGUAGUCUUUUGGAGUGGGCUUUUAUUUGCUGUAAUUGCAGUUAAAUUGCUUUGUGUACGGUGUUAGAAGAAGAUUCGCAACGAGUUUUGAUUGAAAAGUGUUGCACGGUGAUUGGUUUUCAUUGAUGGAAGCUCGUCGAGUGAGAAACGGAAACGUGUUUACGUUUUCAGGUGGUGUGAAAAUGGGAAACGAGGCGGAAAAUCAGCUGACGGAGAAGGAUGGUGGGGGUGGUGGUGCCGGCGAUGCACCAGGGGACAAGGUCGUCCUGAAGCGCAAGAUUACGCUGAUCAACGGAAUUACGAUCAUUGUUGGAACGAUUAUUGGAUCCGGCAUUUUUGUGUCACCGGCGGGAGUUUUCCUGUACACGAAAUCCGUCGGUUCCUCGCUGGUCAUCUGGACGCUCAGCGGUAUCCUGUCGACACUCGGAGCCCUUUGCUACGCCGAGCUGGGCACGUGCAUCACCCGCUCCGGUGGUGACUACGCGUACCUACUUGUUGCAUUCGGACCACUUGUUGGCUUCCUGCGGCUCUGGAUGGCCCUGCUCAUCAUCCGACCGACGACGCAGGCCAUCGUCGCGCUCACGUUCGCGCAGUACGCCGUGAAGCCAUUCUUCCCGGAGUGUGACCCGCCGGACAAUGCCGCCCGGCUGUUGGCCGCCGUCUGUCUGUGCUUCCUGACCGCCAUCAACUGCAUCUCGACCAAGUGGGCCAUGAAAAUCCAGGACGUGUUCACGCUGGCCAAGCUAACGGCCCUGAUCAGCAUCAUAUUGGCAGGGGUUUGGUUCUUGUCCACCGAGGAGACGGAAAACUUUGACAACGCCUGGGAGGGCGAUUACGGACUGUCCAAUUUGGCCUAUGCGUUCUAUUCCGGACUGUUUGCCUUUGGCGGGUGGAACUAUUUGAACUUUGUCACCGAGGAGCUUGAGAAUCCCUACAAGAACCUCCCGCGUGCCAUCUGGAUCGCUAUGCCCAUGGUCACCGGCAUCUACGUGCUCGUCAACUUGGCUUACUUUGCCGUCGUUUCCCGCCAGGACAUGCUCACUUCGAUUGCGGUCGCCGUUAGCUUCGGAAACCGGAUGUUCGGCGCCGUUGCUUGGCUCAUACCGAUUUUCGUAGCGCUCAGUUGCUUCGGUGGCGUCAACGGAAUUCUGUUCACCUCGGCGCGGCUGUUCUCGACCGGCGCGCAGGAGGGACACCUGCCGGCGUGGUUCUCGCUGGUGCACGUCAACCGACAGACGCCUAUUCCGGCGUUGAUAUUUACCUGCGCAACCUCGAUCCUCACGCUGUUCUCCGCCGACGUGGUUGCUUUGAUCAACUAUUUCAGCCAGAUUUUGUGGCUCUCGGUUGCAGCCUGCAUCGCCGGCCUGCUAUGGUUGCGAGUAACAAAACCCAACAUGCCCCGCCCCAUCCGGGUGAACCUGGCCCUGCCCAUCAUCUUCCUGACCUGCUGCCUGGUGCUGGUGCUACUUCCCUCGUUCUCCGAGCCGCUGAACCUGAUCAUCGGCGUCGGCAUCACGCUGACCGGCGUACCCGUGUACUACGUGUGCGUCGUGCGGAGCAAGGACAAACGCAAGCGAAACUACCUGAUGGCCAAAAUCGAGCGCGGUUGCCAGAUCCUGUUCAACGCGGCGUUCGUCGACUGUCACCACGACCGGAAGGACGACCGGGAAAUGUCCGACAUGCAGACGAGCAUCGUGGACGAAAAGAACGUGUACAACUAAAGGAGCUGGUUAUCUCUCUCUAUGUCUUUUUUCUGAUUAUUUGAUUUCUUUACAGUAAGUUUUCAUACGAAAGCGAGGUUAAACAAAGUUCGCUAGCAUUUAUAGAAAUAUUGUUCGCAUUUUGAGCUAAGAACCGAAUACAUUUAGUUAGGCGUUGAUAUAGUGAUGAUUUUCUCUUAGCAUAGCUGUUAGUGUUACUUUUGGACAUUUAUAUUUUACUGCUGAAGCAAGUUUUUGGAAAAGAAACGCGCAAAGUGCACGAGAUUGAUUGGCAGCAUUAUUUGCAUGAGAAAAUAACUUUACUGUCUACUUAUAUACAAACAGGAAUAUAUUGAUGUAAGAUCUGAUCAAGAACAAAAUAUACACACAGUUUACAGCUAAAGUAAUACUUUAUAAGUGUACACAAUCUACAUUUACAAGACAAAUCGAUGUACUUAAUAAAAUGCCAAAUAAAAAAUA